CUAAACAAAACCCUAAACCUAAACCUAAGUGCAGCAAUGUCAGAAAUAUCAUUUGAUAAUUUGUGCGACAUACUAAAACUCUUGCCUGCCAAAUCUCUCCUCCGCUUCAGGUGUUUAUCAAAAGCACAUUGUUCUUUAAUCGACACCCCCGAUUUCAUAAAUCUCCAUCUCUCUCAAUCCAUCAUUACAAACACCAAUCGCAGCAGCAUCAUUAUUCAUUCAAAUAAAAUCUAUACGAUAGAUUUAGAUUCUCCAGCGCGCCAACUAGUCGAAUGUGAUUACCCUUUUAUUAAUCUUUGUUUGAUAGUUGGUUCUUGCAAUGGCUUAAUCGCAUUGUAUCAUCCUCAAGAAGGCAUGUUUAUGUGGAAUCCGUCUACCAAAAUGCACCAAAAACGGGUUUUUGACAUUUUUGUGUCUCAUAGACACAAAAAUUCUUUUUUUGUGCUUCCUACCACCAGCCCGCUAUCUGAGAUAGCGGGCCCAUUUUUAACAGUACAUUCUAUUGUUUUGUCUAAUGAGGCACAAAAAAAGAAUUUUUGUGUCUAUGAGACACAAAAAUGUCAAAAACCCCACCAAAAACUACCUUAUGUGUGGAGACCGAGUUACAAAAAUCGUAGGUCGGAUGAUUAUGAUCUUCUCGAUGGAUUCGGAUGUGAUCCUGUAAGCGACGAUUAUAAGUGGAUCAGGGUCCGCACAAUGCACAAAGAGAAUCAUGUCUACCGAGAUGACGGAAUCCUUGUAAAGAGACGAACACAAUCCAGCGUUACGGUUUAUAGUGUAAAACAUAAUUCUUCUAGAAUGAUCGCUGACUUCCCUAAUUAUAAGCCUAGGAAUAAUAGAGAUUGCGGCACGCUUGUUGGUUCUUGUUUGCACUGGAUAGUUUCGGAACCAGAUAUUUCUUCUAAUAAUCUGAUCUUUUCUUUCAAUUUGGAAGACGAGAGAUUCGGAAUGUUGCCAGUUCCCGAUAAAUUAAUGAGUCGCCAUUAUCCGCCUAUGGAAUUAGGGGAAGUUAGAGGAUGGCUUAGUAUAAGCAUGGAUGAAUAUCAUGGCAAGUCAGUUGACAUUUGGGUGAUGAAGGAAUAUGGAAAGAGGGACUCGUGGAUUAGAAUACUCUCUGUACAUAAAGCGAAUUUAAAUGAUUUAAAUUAUUUGCAAUGUGCUACGCCAAUUGGGUGUUCAAAAAAUGGCAAUAAACUCUUACUGCACGUCUCUAGAGAUGGAUUAUGGGAGUGUGACCUACAAGAGGAGGAGAACCAAACAUCUCAGCAAACACCAAAUGUGCCCGACAAACGUGUUCGGAGGGUCCGAGGUAGUUACUUCUACUCCCAGUAUUCAUGUGUAAGAAGCCUUGUUCCGCUGCAAAACAUUAAUAUUUACAAAUUGAAACGGAUGUAGAGAUAUCAGUUGGUUUCGAGAUUUACUCGUGACUAGCUAAUUUUUGAUCUCGGAAAUUCAUGAUUUAAUUUAAACCACUUAAGUGUAUGUUUUUGUUUUAUCAAA